CAUUUUAACCCCGCCCCCAGCGUCGAGCGGACCCUGACGUAGUCACUCCUGGGUAGCAACAGUUGCCUUGAGACCCCGUCGCGCCAUAGUGACUGUAGCCGUGGAGACAGUUACUUACCAACGGGGAGCAACACUCAGCAACCGCAGCAGCAGCAGCAUCUGGAGGUGACGGGGAGAGUGAUAAGACACAGGCACAACUUUCCUCCAAACUAAGCAGCAUGCAGAGCUCAGAGGGCGGGUCCGACACUUCCCCCAGCGUGGCGGCCCUGCGGACGUCAUCAUCAGCCCAGGCCCCUGUGGUACAGCCCGUCCCAGCCUCCCAGCAGAGGGCGCUGGUACAAGCCACAGGCUCAGUUCAGAAGGGUGGACAAGUACAGCAGCUUUCAGUAUCCAGGGGUCAACAGGUGCCUCAGCAGGUGCAGCAAUCACAACAUGUGUAUCCAUCCCAGGUGCACUAUGUAGGGGAAGGUGGAGAGGCAGUUUACACUAAUGGAACAAUUCGCACAGCCUACUACAACCCAGAGGCUCAGUUGUACGGUCAGAGCAGUGGGGGAUCGUACUUUGACUCGCAGGCGGGUGGUGCUCAUGUUGCCACGGUGGUCUCCUCUGCCAGUGGUGGGGUGCCACCCCAUAGCAUGGUGGGCAUUGCCAUGGACGUAAGCAGCAGCCAUAUCAUCUCUAGCGGCAGCACCUAUUUGAUCCAUGGAGGAAACAUGGAGGGAAGUCGCAACCAUAUAUCUCACUCAUCUCGCUCCUCUUCAGCUAUGCUUGAAAUGGCGAUUGAAAACCUCCAAAAGUCUGAAGGAAUUGCAAGUCACAAAAGCAGCCUGCUCAACAGCCAUCUCCAGUGGCUGCUGGACAACUACGAGACUGCAGAGGGGGUGAGCCUGCCCCGGUGCUCCCUCUAUAACCAUUACUUGCGGCAUUGCCAGGAACAGAAACUCGAUCCCGUCAAUGCAGCCUCCUUUGGCAAGCUUAUCCGCUCCGUCUUCAUGGGCCUCAGGACCCGCCGCCUCGGAACCAGGGGAAACUCAAAGUAUCAUUAUUACGGCAUCCGGGUGAAGCCAGAUUCUCCACUAAACCGGCUGCAGGAAGACACCCAGUACAUGGCCAUGAGGCAGCAGCCUGUCCACCAGAAGCAAAGGUUCAAACCUCUGCAGAAGGUGGAUGGAAUGUCCGACAACCUUUGUGUAAGUUCCCACUGCAACAACACUCCGGAGCAAUCUGUAGCAGCUCAGAGCCAGCACCAUCAGCAGUACAUCGACACAUCCCACAGCUUGCCUGAGUUUCCAACUCCUGAAGUGGGCAAUCAGCCUCCGCCCGAGCACAUCAGUAUGAACGAUAUCAAGAAGCUGCAGACGCUCUACAGAGACCACUGCGAGGCUACUCUGGAUGUGGUCAUGAACCUCCAGUUCCACUACAUUGAAAAACUCUGGCAGACUUUUUGGUACUCAACACCGCCAUCUAGUGAGGGAAGCACCACCAUACCCAACAGUGAUGACGAACUGGACGGCAUGCUGCCCAGAGAGAAGCUAGUGGCUUUGUGUAAAUAUGAACCAGUCCGGUUAUGGAUGAGAAGCUGCGAUCACAUUCUCUACCAGGCCUUGGUGGAGAUCCUCAUCCCGGAUGUGCUGCGUCCUGUUCCCAGCACUCUCACUCAAGCCAUCAGGAACUUCGCCAAGAGUCUGGAGGGAUGGCUGACUAAUGCCAUGACCAGCUUUCCUCAAGAAAUCAUCCACACAAAGGUGGCGGUGGUCAGUGCCUUUGCGCAGACUCUAAGACGUUACACCAGCCUCAACCACCUGGCCCAGGCUGCGCGCGCCGUCCUCCAGAACACCUCGCAGAUCAACCAGAUGCUCUCCGACCUUAACCGGGUGGACUUUGCUAACGUUCAGGAGCAGGCAUCCUGGGUGUGUCAGUGUGAUGAAAGCGUGGUCCAGCGUCUGGAGCAGGACUUUAAAGUCACACUGCAGCAGCAGAGUUCUCUGGACCAGUGGGCCACCUGGCUCGACAACGUUGUCUCUCAGGUCCUCAAGCCCCACCAGGGCAGCCCCAGCUUCCCUAAAGCGGCACGCCAGUUCCUUCUGAAGUGGUCUUUCUACAGCUCCAUGGUGAUCAGAGACCUGACUCUGCGCAGCGCCGCUAGCUUCGGGUCCUUCCACCUGAUCCGCCUGCUGUACGACGAGUACAUGUUCUAUCUGGUGGAACACCGCGUGGCUCAGGCCACCGGGGAGACGCCCAUCGCUGUCAUGGGGGAGUUCAGUGACCUGGGCUCCAUGAUGCCAGCACUCAUGGAGAAAGACGUGUCCUUUUCUGACGAGAUGAGUGACCUGGGCAGCGAGGCGGACGUGUCCCGAAGCGAGCCGGCGGUCAAGAGGGAACGCAUCGAAAUGAGCCACCCUCUGCAGGAGAUGUGAGACGUGACCCCCACCCAAACUACCCCUGAAGCGCUGGUCGGCCCACACUGCAUCCUUCUGCCAUCAGUGUGUGCAAAGUGUACAUUUCUCUCUAUAAAUAGUAGCCAUGAUGUCACGGUAAUAGUGCUGCACACGUCUCGUUUCCUUCCUUCCUUCCUUCCUUCUUUCUUUCUUCAAGUGCAACUGUGAAUGAGUUUGUGCGUUUCUUGUUUUUCCCAAUUCAGACGUGCUUUGUGGUGCUUUAUUGUUCAGUUAGCUGUGCCAUGGUGUCAUUUGAGUGCCUUAGAUCGCUAACUAUCAAACCAUCCCGCCAGAUGUCCACCUGUCCCUCAGCUGUGCCUCGACCGCACGAUGAAUGUAUUGUCUCAGAGCACCUUUAAACAGAGUGUGUGUGUGUGCGUACUCCCUUGUUGCCUCUGCUGCAGCUUGCAGCGAACACAGAAAAACAUGACAAGAUGGAACAUGCAACCCUAUGGACCCAAAGGAGCUUACCCCUCAUUCUAAUGUGCGUUACCGUGGUAACCCGUAGAUGUUUUUACCUCACUAGAUUUCUAUGCCGCGUGGCUCAGACAACAUAAGGCAAGUAUUCCUUGUAUGUAAAUAUUUCCACCGCAGACCUACAAGUAGCAUCCUUAGCGUAAUCCUCUUCAUGUCACCCCCUGCUGAGGCCCCGUUGGAUUAGGUAGAACGCUAACAGGAAGUAUGAGCUUCAUAAAUUAUAUAUUACAUAUAUCUUUAUGACGUGUGUAUGUUUUGUGGCCUUUGCCUCAUUUCUCUGUGUCAGAAAAAGAGUUUUGAUUUGUAACGGAUUCUAGAGUUCUGUGUGUGAUUAAUUUGUUCCCAACCGUUGGAUAUAUAAAGAUCAAAUUGUCCCAAUCCAAUAAUGAAUUAUUCAUUUUCUGUUUGAACCCUCAACCCCCAUUCACCUCUUGUGCUGACUUAUUUAAUGCUUUUUGAGAUGUGUUGCCUUCAAGUGCUUUGGAAAACGUCACGUUCUUUUUCAAUGUUUUGUAUAACUGUUAUAGAUUUUUGGCAUUUUUUUAUGGAAAUAGAUUUGGGUCUUCUUACGAGUAUACCGAAGCCCUAUUUUUGUGUAUUUUUAACCUCCACUUUAUCCAGCCCAAGAACAGACGAUGCUUGUUAUGCUGCAUAAUUCAGCUGUAUUUUGUACUUGGUCACAAUGUGUAAUAAACUGGCGAAA